AAAAUUAAUUUUAAAAAAUAAAUAUUCACGCCACUUUUAGUUUGAGAGGUGUUUUUUAUGAGAUGAAAUUUUUUAACGAGAUCAAAGUGGAUAAUAUAAUGAGGCUGGCAGCAACGAUUAGGCCAUGUUUUGUUUGACAAAAUAUUUUGUCCCAAAUUCUUAGGGUAAUCCUCACACUGGUCCCCUAUGUAGGCUUCGCCCUCCCUGGUCACUACCCCAAAAAUAAAAGGUUAAUCAUUUCGCUGCCAAAUCUCCAUGCUCAACAUGAGUCAGGCAGAAGAUAGAAAGAAACUAAAGAGCAAAGCAAAAGCAGAAAUGGCAAUGAAGAGCAGCACAACAACAAGAAGUAAAACAAAAUCUCUGUUUCUCACAUUCACUCUCCUCUCCCUUCUCACCCUUUCUCUUUUCAUCAUCUUCACUUCCCACACUAGUCAACCAACGAAUUCUCUUUCCCAAAAUACCCUUCUUUCCCUCCAAAACUCCAUCAAAGUCUACGUUGCCAACCUUCCCAGAGCCCUCAACUAUGGCUUGCUUGAACAAUACUGGGCUUCCAAUCACCCUGAUUCUCGCAUCCCCACAGACCCUGACCAUCAGAUCUCGACUACCCAUUCCUCCAAAUCCACGAAAUACCCUCCUUAUCCUGAUAAUCCGUUGAUCAAGCAAUACAGUGCGGAGUACUGGAUCAUGGGUGACUUGGAAACCCCUCAAGAAAUGAGAAGUGGAUCUUUUGCUAAAAGGGUUUUUGAUGUUAAUGAGGCUGAUGUUGUUUUUGUUCCUUUUUUUGCUACUCUGAGUGCUGAGAUGGAGUUGGGAUCGGGAAGCGGUGCGUUUAAGAAGAAAUCUGGGAAUGCAGAUUACUUGAGGCAAAAGGAAGUGAUGGAUUUUGUGAGGAAUACUGAUGCUUGGAAACGGUCUGGAGGACGGGAUCACGUUUUUGUUCUCACCGACCCAGUUGCAAUGUGGCAUUUCAGAGCGGAGAUAGCCCCGGCUGUCAUACUGGUUGUGGAUUUUGGUGGGUGGUAUAGGCUUGAUACAAAAUCGCCCAAUGGUAACUCACCAGACAUGAUAUAUCACACCCAAGUUUCGUUGCUUAAAGAUGUGAUUGUUCCAUAUUCCCAUCUCCUUCCUAGGUUGCGGUUAUCAGAAAACCAGAAACGACACACCCUCCUUUAUUUUAAGGGAGCUAAACACAGGCACCGGGGUGGCCUAGUUCGGGAAAAAUUAUGGGACUUGUUGGUUAAUGAACCAGGAGUUAUUAUGGAAGAAGGGUUCCCUAAUGCCACUGGAAAAGAGCAGUCAAUUAAGGGGAUGAGAUCAUCAGAGUUCUGCUUGCACCCAGCUGGUGAUACUCCUACUUCAUGCCGACUUUUUGAUGCCAUCCAAAGUCUUUGUAUACCCGUGAUUGUCAGUGACAAUAUUGAGCUCCCCUUUGAAGGGAUGGUGGAUUACUCCACAUUUUCAGUAUUUGUGGCAGUCAGCGAUGCAUUGAGACCAAAUUGGCUUGUUUCUUAUCUUAGAGGCUUUUCUGAAAAACAUAGGGAUGAACUUCGUCAAAAUAUGGCUAAGGUGCAGCCUGUUUUUGUGUGUGAUACAGGCCAUCCAGGUGGUAUCGGGCCAAUUCCUCCUGAUGGUGCUGUAAAUCACAUCUGGAGAAAGGUUCAUCAAAAAUUGCCAGCGAUUAAGGAAGCCAUUGUUCGAGAGAAAAGAAAACCAGCGAAUAUAUCAAUUCCUUUGCGAUGUCAUUGUACCUGAACGUAUGAUUCUUCUAGUUUUUCCCCUGUACUUGAUUCUUUUUAAUCUUGCAUGAUGCUGUAGCUUUUUCAAAGGAUGCAUAAUGCUGUAGUUGUUAACACAAUGAAAAAUUAAAAGCUAUAAAUUACCAUGAAAUUGUUUUACCAAACCAUUUAAUUGACCUAUUGCAUAUUUCAGGUCAUUGCUUGUUUGGUUUUUUUGCCUUUAAAAUAGUUUGUAUGAUCUGCUUUUGCUAAGUGUAUGUGUUAGUGGUUGAAACUUAACCUCUAGAUUUGUGUGGCUCCAAGAUUCGAACAUAAACUCAUUCGGUUUCUUAUAUCAGCUUAAU